GAGUAUGUAGCGGAAAUUGCAAAUAGGGUUCAUUUAUCACAAAAUUUCCAUUAUAGCGUGACCUCGUAGGUACCUACAUUGUCUGAUCCAGAUAUGAGUUAACAAGAUAAUCAUUUAAUUAAAGUCAAUUUUAGCGCUCCACAGUUUUCGGAAUGACAGACAGACUGCGACAAACCAGCGCAUGCUCAGUAACGUCCCUCGUCAAUCAAUAUAUAACGUGCAUUUGUCAUGCUACUGUGGUCUUCUAGUAACUAGAAACUAUUUUGGGUCGAAGGUAAAGUUAAGAAUUCACAGUGUAUUCGUGUGGUAGUGAGGCCGUGGCGGACGGCGAAAACUCUGCGGUGGCAGGCGGCGGCCUCGCCGUGAACAGUAAGGUGUAUCCCAGCCCUGGGGCGGCCCGCGGCGUGUGGGCGCUGCCGCAGCCGCCCCCAUGCAGCAUGGCCGCGGAGGAACCCCUCCCGCCAUGCUCGCCCCUCUCCCCGGACGCUCCCCAGGCCCCGCCGAGGACCAUAGCCAACUUUAAUCAUCACUCAGAUCUGCAUCAACUCAUCUUUGAAGCAGUACGCUCAGGCGAAGUGUCAGAGAUUGAGCGGUUGGUGGAGAAGUUGGGUGUGGAGGUGUUGAGCGCGCGCGACCAGCAUGGAUACACGCCCGCGCACUGGGCGGCGCUGGACGGCAGCGUGGCCGUCAUGCGCUACCUCGUCGAGCGCGGCGCGCCCGUCGACCUCUCCUGCCUCGGCACUCAGGGCCCUCGGCCUAUUCACUGGGCCUGCCGCAAGGGCCACGCGUCAGUCGUGCAAGUGUUGCUGCAAUGCGGAGUGGCUGUCAACGCCGCCGACUUUAAAGGGUUGACACCUCUAAUGACGGCUUGUAUGUACGGUAAGACCGCCACCGCCGCAUAUUUGCUGGGCAUGGGGGCGGCCACUAGGCUGUCGGACAUCAACGGCGACACAGCCCUGCACUGGGCCGCGUACAAGGGCCACGCGGACCUGGUCCGCCUGCUGAUAUACUCAGGGGUGCCUUUACAUUGCACGGAUAACUUCGGCUCGACACCCCUGCACCUUGCGUGCUUGUCAGGCAAUCUCACUUGCGUGCGUCUACUGUGUGAAAAAGUAAAAGCUGAAUUAGAGCCACGCGAUAAAAACGGCAAGACGCCCCUGAUGUUGGCACAGAGCCACAGACACGCGGAAGUGGUGAAGCUGCUGCAGAAGGAGAUGAAGAGGAAAUCUCACUGGAUGCCGCCCCUGUCGGAGCUGUGGGCCCUGCUGUUCGGGGGGGCCGGACAGUCGAAGGGCCCGCUGUUGUUCUUUCUUAUAUCUGUGCUGCUUUGGGGAUAUCCUAUGUAUGUAAUUAGGUGUAUACCGCUAACAUGGAACACGCUGCGCCUCUCGCACUACUGCUUCCUGUACUGGAACGGCAUCAUGUGGCUGAGUUGGGUCAUCGCCAACAGGCGGGACCCGGGCUAUAUACCGCAAAACUCCGAGACCUACUACCGAGCUAUCAGGCAGAUACCCUACUACGACAAGUGGAAGAAGAGGAAUGUUAUUUUGUCAAGACUAUGUCACACUUGUCGAUGCCUUAGACCGUUACGGGCCAAACAUUGCCGGAUCUGCAAACGUUGCGUCGCAUACUUCGACCACCAUUGUCCGUUCAUAUACAACUGCGUGGGCGUGCGAAAUCGCAUGUGGUUCUUCCUGUUCGUGAUGAGUGUUGCCAUAAACUGCACACUAUCUAUAUAUUUUGCAUGUUACUGCUUGCUGUUGGAAGGUUUCGGACUUUUGUAUGCGCUCGGGCUGUUGGAAGCAAUCACUUUCUGUGCGCUAGGAUGGAUACUCACGUGCACUUCAAUUUUACAUGCGUGUAUGAAUUUAACAACGAAUGAGAUGUUUAAUUAUAAGAGGUACCCCUAUCUCAGGGACAAACGAGGGCGGUACCAGAAUCCCUUUUCACGGGGCCCUAUCAUGAACCUGAUCGAGUUCUUCGUGUGCCUUCCGGAUAAGUGUGACGAGCAGGACAUCUUCCAUGAAGAGUCUAUAUGAUACGAAAUUAAUGUAUAGAAGUUAAAGCCUACUUUUAAGAUUAGCAUUUUCACAUCAGAUGAUAUCAAAUUGCUUAAUUGAUAUUUUCUAUGCCAUUUGUGUGUGUGCCUAUCAUUUAUUUUCUGAACUGCUUAUCUGAUUCACAUGCACUCUGAAUCUAAUGUAUUGACAAAAAACCACGAUGAUCGCAGUUUGAACGUAACAAUGAAAUAAGCACAAAGAAAGUGGCUGGCCGAAUACACUAUGGUUUAUGAGUCUAAUAUAGCUAUACCUUGUUGUUAAAAGAAUGUUAAAUAUUUUAAUGCUUAAUUAAAACGUGAUAUUCUUGA